UUUACAUUAUGCAAAAUGAGUUUUUCUUAACUAUCCACAGUAUAGUUCAAGAGAGUGCUAGAUGGCUUGUUACAAAGGGACGCUACAAAGAAGCUGAAAAAGUUAUUAACACAAUAGCCAAAGUAAACGGUAAACCGGCACCAAACACAAGUAUACUGAUGGCGGAAGCCGCAAAGAGUGACUCUAAUAAAGCAUCGGUUCACUACACAGCUUUCCACCUCUUUAAAUCAAAAGAAAUGGUUAUAACAACAAGUGGUCUCCUUUUUAUAUGGAUGUCAAUUAGCUACUCUUACUACGGAUUGACGUUUGGCGUGAACAGUUUGGCGGGAAACUUGUAUUUAAACAUGUUUCUGAUGAAUAUAAUAGAAACACCUGCCAGUUUCUCCAUCAUGUACAUUGUCAAUAGAUUUGGGCGGAAACACUGUUGUAUGUUUUUCUUUUUCUUUACUGGGCUAUGUGGUGUAAUUGUUGGCAUCAUACAGUACAUAGACACUCCUCACCGUGGCGUAAUCACAAACGCAUUUGCUCUGGCGUCCAAAAUGGGUAUAGCAGUUGGAUGGGGUUGUCUAAUAGUUUAUACCACGGAACUCUAUCCGACAGUCGUCAGAACAAUUGCAUAUGGUCUUCACAACACAUCAGCAAGAAUUGGUGGAAUUAUAGCACCUCAGAUUGUUUUCUUGAAUGAUGAAAUCCCUGGUCUGAUGUAUUUUGUAAGUGCUGUGCUGAUGAUUUCUAGCAGUCUUAUUUGUUGCGUGUUUCACGAUACCACUGACAAGAUACUAGAGGAUACGUUUAAAGAUACUUCAAGUGAACAAAGUGUGACAGUCAACGCAUUAAACAUGAAUGACAAUGACAAAAAAUCAAAAUUUUGAUAUAUUUAUGACAUAUGUGAUAUAUUAUUUCUGAAAACUUUCGAAAAUGAAUAGUUGACAGAUCAAACCGGCACGGAAAUAAUUGAAAAUAACAAAAAAUCAAAAUUGUGAUUUAUUCGUGAUAUCCGGAAACUUUAAAAGUUUACUUUGGCAAGAAGUCGACCAUAUGUAUGUAACGUUUGAGCUUCGAUGUUUCAUAGUAUAGUACUGGAUCCUAUAUCUACUGUAAUAAUUAACGAAUUUGUUUACAAAAUGCAGACCCCUUUGUUAUGGUUAUGAGUUCUGUGAACGUCACCUUUGCCUCGAUGAUCUUUAAUUGUUCUCACUUUUCCCAGCUUUUUAUCAAAUCAUUUACAGACAUGAACCGAUUCAAUUAUAAACAACAUUUACCUCUUGACAAUUAUUCAUGUUUCUGUAACAUACUAAAUAUACAACGUUAUCGAUCACCAAACAUACACAAUAUAAUUCUAAUACCUACACAUAUGCAAUCAAACUAUAGUUUUGAUGUACUUGUAAGUGGUGUAAUGUUAAAUACAUAAAAUGUCGCGAAUCCUUGAUCAUCAUAAAGUUUCCAAUUAUGAUUAUUUGUCAAAGGGACACAAGAAAACAUACAUUUCGUAUUCAUAUUUUUAUUGUAGUACAUUCAAACUUGAAUAUAAAUAUUUAAACACUUAAUUGUAGAUCUAUAAAAAGUUUAUAUAAUUUAUCUUAUUACAUUACAGCUGUGCAGUUCAAUAUAGUGCAAGUUAUAUAUUUUUUCCAAGGUUAUCUUUACGUUAUAUAUACACAACAUUUUUUUUCCCAAGGUUGUCUAUACGUUAUAUAUACAACAUCUUUCUGAUAAUUACCCGGAAACGUAUACCAUAAAUUAACGUAUAGCCUAAAAAUGCAUUUAUGUAUUCAGAACUUCCGAAACUAGUCUUUCUCACACCUGUAUAUGAAUUUCAACUGUUUGCAGUUGUUGAUUAUAUCAUUGUGUUAUAUCAUUUUUUGUUGAUAAUAAUGUUAAUAAGAUGGAGCACUCUUAGAAUCUGUCCGCAGUUAAGUCAAUGUUUUGUAACCGUAACCCUGACCUCUCACCCUUACUCAUAACACUUACCCUUAAUCGUAACCCUAGAAGUAAUUUGAAUGAUUUUAGGAAACUUAAAUUGUUAAAUAUUGAAGAAAUAAUUUUGUGUAAAAUGUUUAAAAUAGCUGCGGACAUAUUCUAAAGUCUAGCCAAUAAAUUCAUUAAAUAAAUCGUGCAUAUAAUUACAUACAAUUAUUGUUUUUGUCUCUUCUAACAACUUAUAACAGGUCCGCGAUUGACUCUCUGAGCACUUUUAAUGAAAAUUACAUUUAGUUGCCACAGGUCUAGAAGAAUAUAUAGAUAAUUUUAACAAAUUGUUAAGAUAAUAUAGCAAUGACAGUAUGCACAACAAUUAUUCUGAAUAUUCCUUAAGUUCGUCUUGUUAGUUUAAAGUGUUACAUACUCCUUAAAACUAUUAAAAGCUACAACACAUUUCUGAAAAUCUUGGACAUGACUUUACACCAUCUUAUCUGAUUAUCUGAAUUAACAAUGUCAUAUAUCAAUUUCACAGAUCGAUUUUCAGUUUCACAU